AUGCUGCCAGUCCUGAUCAUUUCUGUCUGCGCGGAGCCAGUCAUUAUCAUGAUCAUCCUUCCGGUGGCGAAGAUCCCCGACAUUCCCAAAGCAGAUAUCGAUAUGAUCAUGAACAGGGAAAGCGAUGACGUCGAAGUUUUAGGACGAAGAAUGCCGGAAGGUCCAUUUGAGACUGCGUUGGUCAUCCCGUGCCACGACACUGAUGAGGCUGCAAUGCGAACCACUCUCGAGUCCGCCUUUCUCAGCUUCCGGCCCCAAGACAUCUUUAUUGUGGACAACGGUAGGAGCAAAUAUCCCAAGCACCCGACGUGCAACUUCCGCGAAUAUAUCCGGAAAAUUCAUCCCGACAUUGUAUACAUUUGGUCGCCGAUUGGAAGCAAGAAUGUCGCACAGUUCGUUGGCGCUCUGGCGGCCAAAGACUACAAGUACAUCAUGACCGUGGACGACGACGUCUGUAUCCCCAAAAACUUCCGCCCUCCCACGGAGAUGAUCGACGACAAGUUCAAGGCCGUUGCAUAUCCACUGAAGGCAAUGGAUGCGAAUUGCAACGUCCCCCUGUUUCUGGUGGCCUGGCAGGAUGUGGAGUACCGUCUGUCCGGUCUCUCCAAAUUGGCAGAGGAUCGACUUUGUGGGGUGCAGUAUCCCCACGGGGCGGGGUGGUUUGUAGAGCGAGAGUCCUUCAUCACCCUCCUGGAGUACCAUCACCCGAUGGACUUCAUCGCGGAGGACUGCAACGCUGGCCUAGGCUUGAGUAAAAUGGGGAAGGGAAUCCACAUCGACGCGCGAUCAUUUCUCGCAACUGAAGUGCCGACCACCUUCUUUGGACCCGGCUUGAAUUGGUGGAAACAGCGGCAAAAGUCAUGGGAAAUGGGCCGUCAUGGCCGCACGUUUGCCUUCAUUCAGCAGUUGCUCUUCGGACUCCCCAUCAAACGUACUCUUCAAGCUAUUGUCUGGUACAAGACAACCUACCUCUACUUGAUUUGCACCAACAUUAUCGACUGGCUCCGGGUCGCCAUCUUCGUGGCUUUCGGAAAUACAGGCACCUGGUGGCGAAAUGCUAUUCUCCUCAUGCUAUUCUCUGCCAUACCUCCCUCAUUUACAAAUACAUCAAAUGUCGUCGGCGGCCCGAUCUGGCGCCGCGCUUCUGGGCCGCCCUCACCUAUCCUUUCUACAAACAGCUCUAUUCCCUCGUGUCUCUCUUCGGGGCCAUCCGCUGCGUCGGGUAUUAUUUUGGUGGCCACGUACGUCCGCUCAACAUCCAACAGAUGCUGA